GGGUUGGGGCCAGUGCUAUCGCGCUGGGUGGGAGAUGCCGGUUGAGGCGAAGGGAGAUGCGAUGCGGGGUUUGGCUGUCUUUAUAUCGGAUAUUAGAAAUUGCAAAAGCAAAGAAGCAGAAAUAAAGCGAAUCAACAAAGAAUUGGCAAACAUUCGUUCUAAGUUUAAAGGUGCCAAGGCUUUGGAUGGCUACAGCAAGAAAAAGUAUAUUUGCAAACUUCUUUUCAUCUUCCUCCUCGGUCAUGAUAUUGAUUUUGGUCACAUGGAAGCAGUGAACCUACUUAGUUCCAAUAAAUAUACGGAGAAACAAAUUGGUUACCUUUUCAUCUCAAUCUUGGUGAAUUCAAACAGUAAGUUGAUGCGUUUAAUAAACAAUGCUCUCAAGAAUGACCUGGCCAGCCGCAACCCUACGUUCAUGGGGCUGGCCCUGCACUGCAUUGCCAAUGUUGGAAGCCGGGAGAUGGCAGAGGCCUUUGCUGGUGAGAUUCCAAAAAUACUUGUUGCUGGGGAUACUAUGGACAGUGCGAAGCAGAGUGCUGCUCUAUGUCUGUUGCGGUUGUACAGAACAUCUCCUGAUCUGGUACCCAUGGAAGAAUGGACGUCACGAGUGGUUCAUCUUUUGAAUGACCAGCACUUGGGUGUUGUAACUGCUGCUACCAACCUGAUCACUAUACUUGUGCAGAAGAACCCUGAAGAGUUUAAAACUUGUGUUUCAAUGGCGAUUUCAAGGUUGAGCCGGAUUGUAUCAUCUGCUUCGACUGACCUCCAGGACUACACCUAUUACUUUGUCCCGGCACCUUGGCUUUCAGUGAAGCUUCUUCGGCUGUUGCAGUGCUAUCCUCCACCAGAGGAUCCUGCUAUUCGAGGGCAUCUGACUGAAUGCCUUGAAACAAUUCUGAACAAGGCUCAGGAGCCUCCCAAGUCAAAGAAAGUGCAACAUUCGAAUAUCAAGAAUGCUGUCCUGUUCGAGGCUAUUAGCCUUAUCAUUCUCCAUGACAGUGAGCCCAACCUACUAGUACAUGCCUAUAAUCAGCUGGGGCAGUUCCUGCAACAUCAUGAGACCAACCUGCGAUACCUGGCCCUGGAGAGCAUGUGGCUGCUGGCUAGCUCCGAAUUCUCUCAUGAGGCAGUGAAGACGUACAUUGGUACAGUCAUCAAUGCGCUCAAGACCGAGAGGGAUGUGAGUGUGCGACAAAGAGCAGUGGAUCUCUUAUAUGGGAUGUGCGACCGGAGCAAUGCCCAGCAGAUUGUGGCAGAGAUGCUGAAUUAUCUGGAAAAUGCUGAUUAUUCCAUUCGGGAAGAAAUUGUUUUGAAAGUAGCAAUCCUGGCCGAGAGGUAUGCUGUGGACUACACUUGGUAUGUCGACACCAUCUUGAACUUGAUCCGAAUUGCUGGUGACUAUGUUAGUGAGGAGGUAUGGUAUCGAGUCAUUCAGAUUGUCAUCAACCGCGAUGAUGUGCAGGGUUAUGCUGCCAAGACCGUGUUUGAGGCUCUUCAAGCCCCUGCUUGCCAUGAGAACCUUGUGAAAGUGGGUGGAUAUAUCCUGGGAGAGUUUGGAAACCUUGUUGCUGGUGAUCCAAGAUCCAGCCCUUUAGUACAAUUCAAUCUGCUGCAUUCCAAGUUCCACCUGUGCAGCGUGCCCACGAGAGCCCUCCUCCUUUCCAUAUAUAUCAAGUUGAUGAACCUGUUUCCUGAGAUUAAGUCUACCAUUCAAGUCGUGCUUCAUAGUGACAGUCAAUUGAGGAAUUCAGAUGUAGAGCUGCAGCAGAGGGCAGUGGAAUACCUGGGGCUCAGUUCUAUAGUGAGCACUGACAUCCUGGCAACUGUGUUGGAAGAGAUGCCGCCAUUUCCUGAGAGAGAAUCUUCGAUCCUGAACAAACUGAAAAAGAAGAAGGGAUCCAGCACUGACCUCGAAGAGGCUAAAAAGGAGCAGAAUGCUAAUGUCAAUGGCAACUCUGAACCCACUGUGGCGAACACCUUGGCUUCUCCAUCCUUGUCUGCUGAUCUCCUGAGUCCUGGAUCAGCCCAUUUGGUGAAUUCAGCCCCCACGUAUCCAUCUGCAGGUGGAUUAUUGGUGGACGUGUUCUCGAGCAUGAGCCCUGGGGUCAUCUCGCAGAUCACCAGUGCUGAAGACAGUUUUGUGAGGUUUGUUUGUAAAAAUAAAGGCAUCUUAUUUGAGAACCAAGUUUUGCAGAUUGGCGUGAAAUCUGAAUUUAGACAGAACUUGGGUCGAAUGUACAUUUUUUAUGGUAACAAGACUUCUACCAAGUUCAUCGGCUUUACCUCGGUGGUUACUUACCCCGGAAACCUUCUAGUCCGACUGAAUGUUCAAACCAAGCCUGUCGAUCCCACAGUUGAAGGCGGUACCCAAAUUCAGCAGGUGCUAAACAUCGAGUGUAUCUCUUACUUUGUCGAGGUGCCAAUCCUCAGCAUUCAGUUCAGAUAUGACGGAGCACUCCAGAACAUCUCUAUCAAGCUGCCCAUCUCAGUAAAUAAGUUUUUCCAGCCCACAGAUAUGUCACCUGAGGAUUUCUUUCGGCGAUGGAAACAGUUAAACAGCGCACAGCAGGAAGUGCAGCAGAUAUUUAAAGCUAAGUAUCCAAUGGAUUCAGAGAUGACAAAAGCAAAGCUUUUGGGAUUUGGUCUAGCACUUCUGGAUGGGGUAGAUCCCAAUAUUUCCAAUUUUGUGGCAACUGGAAUUAUUCAUACAAAAACUGUUCAUAUUGGAUGUUUGCUUCGCCUAGAACCAAACACUCAAGCUCAGCUGUAUCGUCUGACACUCCGAGCUAGCAAAGAAGCUGUAUCAAAGAGGCUAUGUGAACUAUUGUCAAAACAGUUUUAAUUACCUUGUCACUUAAACUCAUUGUGCAUACUUGUGAGCUGUGACUGUUUGUCUAAUACUUAGUUAUUUUCAUUCACUUUUCAGUAUUAAUGAUAAUGUUUUGCUUCCAUGUUCUAUUUUUUCCAGAAAUUGAGAAUAUGAAGUGUACAGCAUGAGUUGAUGAACAGACUUUUUUUUCAUAGCUAAUGAAUAAAUGUUUACCUUUCCGGCUUCCCUCUGCUGCAUUGUUACAGAAGUUGCACUUUGGUUAAAAAGGGAACUUAACUGGAUACAGUUCUGCUGUUGUCAGAACCUGCCUUCUUUUAGAGGCUGGCAUUGCAGUCCUAUUUGGUGCCAAGCAAAUCUUUAACAAUACACUUGAACUUUCAGUCCUUGUAAAAUAAAAUAUUCCUACUCUGCUGUUUAUUCACUACAAUAUAGUUCAGUCCAGAUUGAAGGCAGGGUGGGUGGAGGAGGAAGAUGAAUUGAUUUUUUAAAAAAAAUCCAUGAGUUUUCAGAAGAUUUUGAGAU